UGUGCCCACCGGACACACAAUUGCGGGCGGUGGCACAGAGGGCAAUCAAGCAGCAAGCAAGCGAGCCAGAGCGAAGCAAGAGAGCCAGAGAGCAAAGGGCUUGCAAAGCCACCAGGAAAACAUGAAGCUCGUAUUGUGCCUGCUGCUGGCGGUUGUGUUCUAUGUGGACGCAGCGCCCACGGACCCCAGCGAAGAUGAGAUUCAAGUCCAGGAGAACUUUGACGUGACCAAGUUCCUAGGGAAAUGGUACGUGGUGUCCAUAGCCGGCAACUGCCAGUACCUGCCCGGUCACGUGCAGAAGCACCGGGGCGGCUCCUUUGAGAUCAUGGCCGGGGAGGAGGAGGAUACGUUCACCGUCACCUCCACCAAGGCCAGAGAAGGGGAGUGCCACCAAAGGACGUCCACGUUGAACAUGGUCGCCAACGGGAGGUUUUUCACAAUUAUGGCAUGGAAGAAGCCGAUCCACAUGAACAUGAUCGUGGUGCGCACAAACUACAAUGAGUACGCCGUGAUGUACGCCUACAAGGAAUCCGACAAAUCUGUCAAGGUCCUGCGCUUGAUGUCCAGGACCCAGGAAAUCAGAGACGACCUCAUGGAUGAAUUCCGAAGCCUCUGCCUGGAGCUAGGCCUGACUGAUGAGCAGAUCUUCGUGCUCGCUAAUGAUGAGGAAUGCGUUGCCGGUGAAGAUGGACUGGGUCUCGUACCACAUCGGCGAGUGCCCCGUGCCAUUAUGGAAGCGGAGGAAGAAGGCUCUGGAUUUCAACCUGAAAACAAAGAGCUCUGCCUACUGCCUUCUGAUUCCGGCCCGUGCUUUGGAAUGUUCAACAAGUUCUACUACAACAAGACGUCCAUGAACUGCGAGUCUUUCGUCUAUGGAGGCUGCCUGGGGAACAAGAACAGGUUCGCCACGGAGAACGAGUGCUUCAGCACCUGCCGCACCGAAGCUGCGUGCAGGCUGCCCAUGGAAGUGGGGCUCUGCAAGGCCAAGAAGCCGGCAUGGGCCUUCGACUCCACCAAGGGCGCCUGCUUCGCCUUCAACUACGGCGGGUGCAAGGGCAAUGCCAACCGCUUCGGGUCUCGGGAGGAGUGCGAGAAACACUGCGGCAUAUCGCAGUGACUUUUCCAAUGACGGUGGCGGUUGGUUGUGUGGUGGUGAUGACGAUGAUGAUGGAGCUGCCCAAUAAAGUAAUUCCAAAAUAAUUUGGCUGGAGGAAGGAGGUUUUGUGACCGAUUGCAAGGAGGCAGGCAACUGGAGGAGCCACAAAGCCAUGCACGGGACAUCUUUCCAUUUCGAUUUAAAGCUUUCGUGACUGCAGGGAUUCAUCUUCUUGGUUCUUUCGGUAAAGUCACGUAGAAUGGAAAUAAUAAAAUAAAAAAAAUACAACUAAAUAAAAUAAUUCUCACAUUAUUAUGUUUUAUUUUUUAUUAUUUUAUUAUUUCCAUUCUACGUGACUUUACCGAAAGAACCAAGAACAUCUUUACAUUGUUUUGUGUGUUCCUCUCAUGGCCACCAACAUUACUAUCAGCAUCAUCAUAAGUAUUGUGGCAUGAGACAAAGUGUUAAUUUGGAACUCUUCCAGAGCAGUGUGUUUUAAGUGUGGCACGUGUCUCUCUCGUCAACAGCUGAUGUAAGAGAGACCGUUACUUGGAGCUUGAGUUCUGCAGAUUCUUAGCCCUAGUCUAACAUACCCUCAAAUGCAAUCAAGUCUAGGCUGUUUGAAUGAAAAUAAACUUUGUUUUUAAUCAAAA